AGGCGGUUGCUAUAGUGUAGUGCGUAGCCAGCUCGUAGCAACUCCUAGAGUUCUCUGUUGAAAAUCGCCGAAACGCGCGCGGUUUCGGAUAGUUCGCUGUUUUCCGAUGGUCUCGGGUUAUAGAUUUCUGUUAUCGGUUCAAUAAACUGAAAUAUGAUGUGUUGGUAAAUAUUGAACAUCGCGUGGGGUGAUGCUGACUUGUGCGGUCUAAGCACAGAAAAAAAAGUCGAGUGUGAAUAAAAGUCAUGCGAGGAAUGCAGGCAACGCGAAAAACAGAUAAUUUACAACCGUCGAAAUAAUGUGUUGAUUUUAUAUAGAACUCGCUAUGCCAUGAGGAUUUCCGCAACUAAGUUUUACCGAUGAGGUUUUGUUUUAUUUCGGUAAUUUUUACCAUUUUAAAUAGUUUUUCUACUGGUAAGUGAAAAGAUUAUCGGAGCAAAUAAAGCUGUACAUAAGUUAAAAUGUAAAGCUCCAACUAUCCCCAGAGGCAAGUGAUCUUGCAAAAAGCCAAGCAUAGAAUCGGUGCGACAAAGUGGUACCAGCUUAAAACAAAGCGAAAAAUUUGAUGCAAUACAGUUUUCUUCCUGUUUCGUUUACUGCUUGCCGUUUUUCCUCAACUUGUGGACAAUAAUCACACGGUGUAUGUGUUAGUGCUGGUGAAAAUCGUAAAAGGAACCCCACUUCUGACAAGGAGCCGCUUAGUCCAGCUACGUCUAUUACGAACAUCGCGAUUUUACAAGUGUGUACAACGACGAGGAGCUUUUCGCUUGGAGUAGUAUUAGUACACUAAGGAUAUACACAGCUGUUGGCUUGGCAGUGCUUGUGUGACCAAUUUUCCACGUUAGUGUGUUGGUAGAAGAGGUAAUUGUAGUUCAGUGAAACAUACUCUAAAUACAUGACUCCUAAUGGAAAAUAAAAAGGAACACACACUGUGUGUUUUGUAAAUCGCAUCGAACGAAAACUGCUAGGAUAUCAACAAAACGUAAACCAAGUCGCCUCGACGGAAGCUGACAGUCUAGUUGCGCCCAGUUCCGACCACCCAAUCGUUACCACCCAAAAUCGUUGCGACUGAUAGACGUCUCAUCAGUAACAGGUAGAGCACACAACAACCUUGUUGCGUUGGUAAGACUGCUGCAACACUCAACCCAAACAAUUUCCUCAAAGCGGGGCCUCACCGCAACAACAACAACAACAACAACAACAGUGCCACUGAAUCCGCAGGACUGACUGAUUUCCGGACCGACGACGGGCGGAGGUCACAUUUGCCGCACUUCCAUCCGCAGCAUCAAGGGAACCGAAACCAAAAACGCAACCGACUGCCGAGCAUCCAGGAAGCAAGUUUUAUUUUCCUCUCGCACCGAUUAUCGGUGCGCUAUCCAGGACCGAGGAACCUUGUUGGCGUCGCACUAGACGUAGGCUCUGCGAACAGCACGCCGAGGAGCCUUCCUCCUCUAGCGUGACAAACGAGACUCUACCGAAAGACUUGAUCAGUGCUCCUACUAGUAGUACUAUUACCGAUCUAUUAUUACCAGAGCGAUACCAUCAGCUGCGGAACGCAAAAUCCUACACCGAUCUUCGUCGUAUUUUGGAUCGUAAUGGAAAAUACUACAUCGGCAACGUAAUCGGUCAGAACGGUCGAAAACUGAAUGGAAACCGUAAAUGCGACUACAGCAAUGGCCGGCAUGCAAAAGGUGGCCUUGCAAAGCGACAAACAGCGACUGAACGUUGUGCAAAAAAAUUGGGUCAGCUAGGUCAUCAGCAGUGGGGUGAAAAGGAUGGUGGAAAAGUGUUCACUUGUGUUCGAAAGCGUAAACAGGACAGUUGGAAUAGCGCUAGUAGCGCUGAAAGAGGAUUAGCGAGCUUAGGAAAAACAGGUACAGGCUACUAUUGUGUAAGCAUUCAGUGGUAUUUGGACUAUUUGAGUGAGUGUGCGCAACGUGCGGAAAAACUGAAAGAACGGUUCGUGGAGAAGAAAGUGCUCUACCCGAAGUUGAGAACAGUGAUCAAAAUACAGCGAUCCAAUACAGAAGAGCUAGACCAAGAGGAGGCUUUCGACGAAUUGUUUCCUCGACGAAACCUUAUCCGAAACUUUAUUAUGGACAAUCAAGACGUAAAAUUAUAUCAGGAAAAAUCUCAAAAGCUGCGAAAUAUUAUUGAUGACUUUUACCGCUUAAAACUAGAUGCAGGGGAUAUCAAACGCGAAGCGAUUCCAAAAAUUAUUCUGACUGAUUAUUCAUCUUGUCCAACACAACCUAGCGAAGACAUUAUAAACAGUGGAUCCAAAAUAGUGUACAAUAAUAAUGAAAAUACUUUCUCAAAAGAUACCGAAAGUGUGCAUAGAAACAGUGAUAAUCAUCUAAACAACAACAAUAGUUGUUUUCUACAGCCUCAUUUUAUCAACCCUAAACUCGAUACCCAGCUUGAUGUUCCGCCAGUGAACGGCUACGAAAGUGAAGCAAGGCCACCGUAAAAUUGCACAUCCCUGCUGAUCUGCUAAUACCUACUAUACAAAUGAUUUAUAUCCUUAUUUGCACUAUCGUAAAUCAUCAUCAUCUUCAUCGGAACGGUCUCCUGCAUAAACCAUCAGCGGAAGGAGUGCCCGGCAAUAAAACCGGCAGAGUCCCAGAAGAAUAGAAACUUUUGGGGCGACAAACCAUGGUUUCAAUUAUGGAUAUCGAACCCAAAAGACAAAUCUGUGAUAAUCGUGCAACACUGUCGCAAAGUGCUGUUAGUCAAAAAUCAAUCGAUCUGGAAAUUCCAAUUCCACUCAAAUCGCCAACCACAUCGCCCACCUCUCCAGUGUCCGGAGCUGGUUCGGGAAGCGGGAGCACACUUUCCCCCACGACGACAACGACAGUGACGGUUGCACCGAGCGUAACCGUGACGGACACCGAACUGGCCAAACGGGCCAUGAAACUGGACCUGAUCGAGGCCCAGAGCAAUUCGACAGCCAGCGUUAGCGGUACCAGUGCGGCCAGCACGGCCACCACCGGUACCACCACCACACAUUCCUCGACGUCCCAGUCGGCCGCCACUACCACCACCGCCAUCAUCAUGAAGCACCGGAAGCUGAAGGAGCGCACGUUCAGCGACGAGCUCGGAUCGCCAAAGUCGCCGGCGGCGACGAUAGACGUUGUAGACGAUCGCAAGGCACUACGGGACGCACUGUACCAGGGCAUCUUUCACCGGCACCGGCGGACCAUCUUUGCCGUCGGCAGUUUUCUGCGGAUGCUGAAAAGCCGCAGCUCCAGCUACAACACCAUUCGCAGUUCUUCGGAGGGAGAGGACGACACACGAUAAACACACGGGGAAGUUAACCGGGACCGGGGCCGCCGCCCGUCCGCCGUACACCUCGUACUGAAUGUGACUGCAAAGAAGAAGAAGAACAAAAAGAAAAAGAAGAAAAAAAUGAUACAGGUAAACUUAUGAUCGAAGGAAGCCUGCCUCCCCCAGAUGGAGGGUCCACGUUAGAUACUAGCCGAUUAGAUUGUUUAGAUGAGAUGAGGUUGCCGCUAGAUUGGGAGUGAAUAGGAAUGUUAGUGUUUUAUGAUCAAUAGACGGGUAGCAAGCAAAUCCAACAACAACAUCAAUAAAUAUGAAUGGUAAUCGCAAACGGAACUGUGUACCGGUAGAUAUUUUGUUUUAUAUCAUAUUUUACGUUAGGUUGCUUAGCCCUACAAUCAAUUUUUAGUGCAGCCAAUUUUUGAAUCGAAUUACAAUUAAUUCGAUCGUAAUUUUAAAUCAAGCAUCAGCUUUUGCGUUUCUCAGUACGCUAAUAGGGUAAAGGUGUAAGUGAAGUAAGUUAGGUACAAAGUGUUGUUAGCAAUUAUCCUGUUUGUGAUGUUUCCCAAUCUUACAAUCGGUUGAUUAUAGUAAAGUUACUUCAUUUUGUUUUGACAUCGUCAAACAAGUCUACACGAAGGUGUGUUCUAGAUGGAAUAUUGUUGAUUAUCCGUUUUGCCAAAACAACCACCAAUUAAACUGUACGAUGAAUCAUCUAAACGCAGACAAACGUAUUGCCUAUGGCAAUACGAGAAACCAAACAACAAAACCUUGUAAAGCGUCGAUAGUCCAACCGUGCGGAGGCACGUCCUCUUUUG